AUGCGCGCCCUGUGUGUGCCCCCCCCCGCCCCCGUGUGUCCGGCCCUGGCCGUGUCCCCGCUGGGCAGCCGCAGCAGCUCGCGGGAAUCAGGGGGAGAGGCGCUGGCCCGUCCAGCUGCGGGGCAGGGGUGCCCCGACCCAGGCCGCAGACGCUGGCGGGACAGAGCCAGGCGGGCGCUGGCCGCGGGGGAGCGACGGAGCCGGGGCCGCAGCGCCCCCUGGUGGGAAGGCGGGCACGGCAGGACGGGCGGCCCAGCCCUCGCGGACAGAACCUGCUGGACAUCCAGUCCAGGGGCCGCGCCAGCGUCCCUCACAGAAAGCACCCCGAAAAGCCGCCCCGCGCAGCUGCAGGGCCGCAGCCCGCGCCUCCGGACCCGCGCCCUCUCUUCUGUGCCCGCGCGGCAGGCCCAAGGCCACCCGGCGGAGCCUGGACCCGCUCCCUUUCGUGGUUCCGACCCGACACUCGCCGCUGUGGUGCGAUGCUGUGACCGCUGGGAGGAGCUCAACAUGCUGACGCUGGAGCGGCCUAUGGGGGCCGCGGGCGUGGGCAGUGAGGACGGGCUGGGCUGCGAGGGCCCAGCAUCAGCGCUGGUGCUGGAGGCCUCUGACGAGGGCGCUGCAGCCAAGGGCAGCCAGGAGUGUGCGCUCGGGCGGACUGAGCGAGACGCCCACGGCUGCUGCAGCCCCCUGCUGGGCUGGGCGCUCCAUGGGGCCUCCCUUGGUGGACGACGCAACUGCCGGCACCAUGGCCCGCCGGCGCCCGCCGCGCCGCUGCUCCCGCUGCUGCGCGCGCUCUGGCUGCUGACCCUGCUCCCCGGGCCCGGCCGGGUCAGCGCGGAGCCGCGCCAGGUGUUCCAGGUGCUGGAGGAGCAGCCCCCCGGCACGCUGGUGGGGACCAUCCAGACGCGCCCCGGCUUCACCUACCGGCUCAGCGAGAGCCACGCCCUGUUCGCCAUCAACGGCAGCACCGGCGCCCUGUUCACCACGGCCACCAUCGACCGCGAGAGCCUGCCCAGCGACGUGGUCAACCUGGUGGUGCUCUCCAGCGCGCCCACCUACCCCACGGAGGUGCGCGUGCUGGUGCGGGACCUCAACGACAACGCCCCCGUGUUCCCGGACCCCUCCGUCGUGGUCACUUUCAAGGAGGACAGCGGCAGCGGGCGCCAGGUCAUCUUGGACACGGCCACCGACUCGGACAUCGGCUCCAACGGCGUGGACCACCGCUCCUACCGCAUCGUGCAGGGCAACGAGGCCGGCCGCUUCCGCCUGGACGUCACCCUGAACCCCAGCGGCGAGGGCGCCUUCCUGCACCUCGUGUCCAGGGGCGGGCUGGACCGGGAGGCCACGCCGCACUACCAGCUGCUGGUGGAAGUGGAGGACAAGGGCGAGCCCACGCGGCGGGGCUACCUGCAGGUCAAUGUGACCGUGCAGGACACCAAUGACAACCCCCCAGUGUUCGGCCGCGCCCAGUACCAGGCGGGGGUGCCCGAGGACGCGGUGGUGGGCUCCAGCGUCCUCCAGGUGGCCGCAGCGGACGCGGAUGAGGGCUCCAACGCAGACAUCCGCUACCGACUGCAGGACGAGGGGACGCCCUUCCAAGUGGACCCCGAAACCGGACUGAUCACAGUGCGCGAGCCCCUGGACUUCGAGGCGCGGCGGCAGUACUCGCUGACCGUGCAGGCGCUGGACCGCGGGGUGCCCCCGCUCAUGGGACGAGCCGAGGCGCUGAUCCAGCUGCUGGACGUGAACGACAACGACCCGGUGGUCAAGUUCCGUUACUUCCCCGCCAGCUCGCGCUACGCCUCGGUGGACGAGAACGCGCAGGUGGGCACGGUGGUGGCGCUGCUGACCGUGUCCGACGCCGACUCACCGGCCGCCAACGGGAACAUCUCCGUGCAGAUCCUGGGGGGCAACGAGCAGCGCCACUUCGAGGUGCAGAGCAGCAAGGUGCCCAACCUGAGCCUCAUCAAGGUGGCCAGCGCCCUGGACCGCGAGCGCAUCCCCUCCUACAACCUCACCGUCUCCGUCUCCGACAACCACGGGGCCGGGCCUGCCGCCGCCCACCGGUCGCGCUCGUCCGUGGCCAGCCUGGUGAUCUUCGUCAACGAUAUCAACGACCACCCGCCCGUCUUCGCGCGGCCUGUGUACCGGGUGAACCUGAGCGAGGCGGUGCCCCCGGGCAGCUACGUGAGCGGUGUGUCGGCCACCGACGGCGAUUCGGGCCUCAACGCCAACCUGCGCUACAGCAUCGUCUCGGGCAACGCGCUGGGCUGGUUCCAGGUCAGCGAGCACAGCGGGCUGGUGACCACCGCGGCGGCGGGGGGCCUGGACCGCGAGCUGGCUGCCCAGGUGGUUCUGAACAUCAGUGCUCGGGACCAGGGGGCGCACCCCAAGGUGUCCUAUGCCCAGCUGGUGGUCACUCUCCUGGACGUGAACGACGAGGGGCCCGUGUUCAGCCAGCGGGGGUAUGCGGUGUCUGUGGCGGAGGACGCCCCCCCAGGGACCGAGCUCCUGGUGCUGCGGGCGACCGAUGGGGACCUGGGGGACAACGGGACUGUCCGCUUCGCCCUGCAGGGGGACACAGACCAGCAGACCUUCCGCCUGGACCCGGUGUCUGGCCGGCUGAGCACCGCCUGCCCCCUGGACCGGGAGGUGCGGGCCUUCUACUCCCUGUGGGUGCUGGCCACCGACCUGGGGACCCCGCCCCGGACGUCCUCAGCCCAGGUCAACGUGAGCCUGCUGGACGUGAACGACAACAGCCCUGUCUUCUACCCGGUCCAGUACUUCGCCCAUGUCCAGGAGAAUGAGCCCCAGGGCAGCUAUGUGGCCACGGUGUCGGCCACGGACCCGGACCUGGGGGCCAACGGGACCGUCCGGUACAGCCUGGUGGCGGGGGAUGGUGCACGCUUCCAGGUGCACGCGCAGAGCGGGGUCAUUUCCACCAGGACCGUCCUGGACAGGGAAGAACGGACGGCCUACCAGUUGCAAAUCGUGGCCACGGAUGGCGGCCACUUGCAGUCCCCCACCCAGGCUGUAGUGACCAUCACGGUGCUGGACACGCAGGACAACCCGCCUGUGUUCAGCCAGCCGGCCUACAGUUUCGUGGUCUUCGAGAAUGUGGCCCUGGGCUAUCACGUGGGCAGCGUGUCCGCCAGCACCAUGGACCUCAACACCAACAUCAGUUACCUCAUCACCACCGGGGACCAGAAGGGCGCGUUCGCCAUCCACCCGGGCACCGGGCGGCUCACGACGGCCAGCGAGAUCGACAGGGAAGAGCAGUCCUUUUACCAGCUGAAGGUGGUGGCCAGCGGGGGGCCGGUGGCCGGGGAAGCGCUGGUCAACAUCACGGUCAAGGAUCUGAACGACAACGCGCCCCGCUUCCCGCAGGCCGCGGCCAGCGUGCACGUGGUGGAGAACUGGCAGGCGGGCCGCAGCGUGUUCCGGGCCAGCGCCCUGGACCCUGACGAGGGUGAGAGCGGCCUGGUGCGCUACAGCCUGCGGCGGAACCCCAGGGGCCUGUUUGCCAUGGACGAGGAGACCGGCGAGGUCCGUCUGCGGGGGCCCCUGGACGUGGGCGCCGGCUCCUACCAGCUGGAGAUCCUGGCGCAGGACCGGGGCGUCCCCCAGCGCUCCUCGGGGCUCCUCCUAACUGUGUACGUCCACGACGUGAAUGACCACCCGCCCGUGUUCGACCAGCUCUCCUACGAGGUCACCCUCUCUGAGGCGGAGCCCGUGAACUCGCGGUUCUUCACGGUCCGGGCCUUGGACCAGGACUCGGGCGCCAAUGGGGAGAUCGCGUACAGCAUCGCCGAGGGCAACGCGGGGGACGCCUUUGGCAUCUUCCCCGACGGCCAGCUGUAUGUCAAGAACGAGCUGGACCGUGAGCUGCAGGACAGGUACCUCCUGCGGGUGGUGGCCGCGGACCGGGCGGUGGAGCCGCUGAGCGCCGCCGUCAACGUCUCGGUGCUCCUGGAGGACGUCAACGACAACCGGCCGCUGUUCAGCAGCACCAGCUACACCUUCCACCUGGAGGAGGAGCAGCCGGCCGGCGCGCCGGUGGGCAGGGUCGACGCCGAGGACAAGGACGUGGGGCCCAAUGGGGAGGUCAGGUACUCCUUCGAGACAGCGCCGCCGGAGUUCGAGCUGCACCCGGCGACCGGGGUGCUGACCAGCUCGCAGCGGCUGGACCGGGAGGCGCUGGUCCGGCGGCGUGGCACGGCUGUGCUCACCUUCACGGUCCUGGCCGCCGAUCAGGGGCGGCCCCAGCCCCUCCGCGACCAGGCCACUGUCCACGUCCACGUGAAGGACGUCAACGACAACGUCCCCAGGUUCCUGAAGGACUCCUACCAGGCGGCCGUCUCGGAGUCCGCCGCCAGGCUGACGCAGGUGCUGCGGGUGUCGGCCUCUGACGUGGACGAGGGCAGCAACGGGCUGAUCCGCUACUCGGUGGUGAAGGGCAACGAGGAGGGGCAGUUUGCCGUGGACAGCUCCUCCGGCCAGGUGACCCUCGUGGGCAGCCUGGACUACGAGGCCACCCCCUCCUACUCGCUGGUGGUGCAGGCGGUGGACGCGGGCGCGGAGCCCCUCAACUCCACCUGCGCCGUGCACAUCGCCGUGCUGGAUGAGAACGACAACGGCCCGUCCUUCCCUGCGGCCACGCUCCUCGUGGACGUGCUGGAGAACAUGAGGGUGGGCGAGCUGGUGUCCUCUGUGACCGCGACCGACUCGGACUCGGGGGACAAUGCCGAGCUGCACUACAGCAUCUCGGGCGCCAGCAACCACGGCACCUUCAGCAUCAGCCCCAACACCGGCAGCAUUUUCCUGGCCAAGAAGCUGGACUUUGAAACCCAAUCCCUGUACAAGCUGAACGUCACGGCCCGGGACCGCGGCCGGCCUGCCCGCUCGGCCACCGUCUCGCUGCUGGUGCAGGUGCGGGACUUCAACGACAACGCCCCCAGCUUCCCACCGGGGGACGUGUUCAAGUCCAUCGCGGAGAACGUCCCCAUCGGCACAUCGGUCGUCUCGGUAGCCGCCCGGGACCCGGACGCCGACAUCAACGGGCAGCUGGCCUACAGCAUCGUCCAGCAGCUGCCCCGCGGCAGCCACUUCGCCAUCGACGAGGCCCAGGGCACCAUCUACACCAGCGCCGAGAUCGACCGGGAAUUCGCUGGGCUCUUUGAGCUGACCGUCAAGGCCAGCGACCAGGCGGUGCCCCUGGAGGCCAGGCGCUGCGCCCUGAAGAAUGUCACCAUCCUGGUGACCGACCUCAACGACAACGCCCCGGUGUUCACGUCGCAGAGUGCCCUGGCCGCGGACCCCUCCGCCGGGGUGGGCUCGCUCCUGACCACCGUCACGGCCGCCGACCCGGACGAGGGUGCCAACGGGGAGGUGGAGUUCGAGAUCGUCAGCGGGGACACGGACACCUUCCUGGUGGACCGCUACAGCGGGGACCUGCGCGUGGCAGCCCAGCUGCUGCCCUCCCGGCUGGUCUACAGCCUCGUGCUGGCGGCCACCGACCUGGGCCCCGAGCGCAGGAGGGCCACCACGGAGCUGACCGUGAUCCUGCGGGGCCUGGACGGGCCCGUCUUCACCCAGCCCAAGUACAUGACCAUCCUGAAGGAGGGCGAGCCGGUGGGGACCACGGUCAUCGCCCUGGCGGCGGCCAGCACCCGGGGCGCCGAGGCCCCCGUGGAGUACUACAUCGUGUCUGUGCGGUGCGAGGAGCGGGCGGCCGGCCGGCUCUUCACCAUCGGCCGGCAGACGGGGGUGCUGCAGACGGCCGCCGUGCUGGACCGGGAGCAGGCCGCCUGCCUGUACCGCGUGGAGGUGUACGCCAUCGAGACGGCCGCGGCGCCCCGCACGCAGCGGGCCGAGGUAGAAAUCACCCUCCAGGACAUCAACGACAACCCACCCGUGUUCCCUACGGACUUGCUGGACCUCUCGGUGGAGGAAGACAUCGGGGACGGCGCCAAGAUCGUGCAGCUGACGGCGGUGGACGCUGACGAGGGCGCCAACGCGCUGGUCACCUACGCCAUCGUGAGCGCGGCGGACGACAGCUUCCGCAUCGACCCCGAGUCCGGCGACCUGCUGGCCACGCGGCGGCUGGACCGCGAGCGCCGCGCGCGCUACUCGCUGCUCGUGCGCGCGGACGACGGGCUGCAGGCCUCGGACCUGCGCGUGGCCAUCACCGUGCGCGACCGCAACGACCACGCGCCGCGCUUCUCGCGGCCCCACUACGCCUUCGACCUGCCCGAGGACACCGCGCCGGGGUCCCUGGUGGCCGCCGUCCUGGCCACGGACGCCGACGCGGGGGCGAACGGCGAGGUCACCUACGCGGUGAGCGAGGACGACGAGGACGGGCUCUUCUUCCUCAACCCGGUCACCGGCGUCUUCAACCUGACGCGCGCGCUGGACUACGAGGCGCGGCAGCUGUACGUGCUGGCCGUGCGCGCGCAGGACGGCGGCGGGCAGGCCUCGGGCGCCAGGGCCUACUUCAACGUCCUGGACGUGAACGACCACGCGCCCGCGUUCGGCCAGGGCGCCUACAGCGCGUCGGUGGUGGAGGGGCAGCCCGCGGGCGCCGUCGUGCUCGCCCUCGACGUCUCCGACGCGGACGACGGCGUCAACGCCCAGCUGGCGUACAGCAUCGCCUCGGGGGACAGCCUGGGCCAGUUCACCGUGGACGAGCGGGGUGAGCUGAGGACCCUGCAGGUGCUGGACCGCGAGAGCCAGUCCUUCUACAACCUGGUGGUGCAGGUGCACGACCUGGCUGCGCCGCCCGCCCCCCGCUUCACCAGCAGCACCCAGGUCUCCAUCAUCCUGCUGGACAUCAACGACAACCCGCCUGUGUUUCUGUCCCCGAAACUGACCUACGUCCCAGAAAACACACCUGUGGGUACUGUGGUCUUCAAGGCGGAGGCUGUGGACCCCGACAGCGGCCCCAACAGCUACAUUGAGUACACACUGCAGAGCUCCGCGGCCAGCAGCUUCAGCGUGGGGACCAUCGACGGCGCCGUGAGGCUCACGGGGGAGCUGGACCGGGAGCAGGUGUCCAAUUACACGCUCACGGUGGUGGCCACAGACAAGGGCCAGCCGGCCCUGUCCGCCUCCUCGGAGGUGGUAGUGGUGGUGCUGGACAUCAAUGACAACAGCCCAGCCUUCGCUCAGGCCACCUACGAGGUGGAGAUCCCCGAGGACACGCUCCCGGGCACAGACAUCGUGCAGGUGGUCGCCGUGGACGCGGAUGAGGGCACCAACGGGCAGGUGCGGUACAGCCUGGUGGAUGCGGGCGCUGGCCAGCCUUUCCGCAUCGACUCGGUCACAGGUGCGGUCACCGUCGCCAGGCCCCUGGACCGGGAGAAGACCCCCGCCUACAUGCUGACGGUGCAGGCGGUGGACCGGGGCAGCGCCCCCCGCAUGGACACGUGUGCUGUCCGCGUGCGUCUGCUGGACGUGAAUGACUGCGCGCCGGCCUUUGAGCUGUCCCCGUACUCGGUGACCGUCCCCGAGAACCUGGCGGCACUGCCCAGCAUGGUGCUCCAGGUGGUGGCGCGGGACGAGGACCAGGGCGCCAGGCGGCUGUCCUACCUGCUGGUCGGCGGGAAUGAGGAUGACGCUUUCGUGCUCUCGGCCAGCGGGGAGCUGCGGGUGACCCGGAGCCUGGACCGGGAGACGCGGGAGCACUUCGUCCUGACGGUCAUAGCCACGGACGCAGGGUCGCCGGCGCUGACCGGGACCGGCACCAUCAGCGUGGCGGUGGCCGACCUGAACGACAACGCCCCCGCCUUCGCCAGCAGGGCCUACGCCACCGCCGUCCCCGAGGACGCGCCCACCGGCACCGACGUCCUGCUGGUGAGCGCUGCGGAUGCCGACGCGGCCACCAACGCCAUCAUCAGUUACAGGAUCCUGGGUGGGAACCCCCAGUUCACCAUCAACCCGUCCACGGGGCAGGUCAUCACCAGCGCACUGCUGGACCGCGAGGCCAGAGACAGCUACACGCUGGUGGUGGUGUGCAGUGACGGGGGGUCCCCGCAGCCCCUGUCCAGCUCUACCAGCGUGCUGGUCACGGUGACCGACGUCAACGACAACCCGCCGCGGUUCCAGCACCACCCCUACGUCACACACGUCCCGGCCCCCACGCCGCCAGGUGCCUUCAUCUUCGCGGUCACUGUCACCGACGCCGACGUCGGCCCCAACGCGGAGCUGCACUUUUCUCUCUCGGGCAGAAAUGCCGAGAAGUUCCACAUCGACCCGCUGCGGGGGGCCAUCAUGGCCGCAGGGCCGCUCCGCGGCACUUCUGAGGUCACGUUCUCCGUCCACGUGAAGGACGGCGGCGCGUCCCCCCGGACGGACUCCACCACGGUGACCGUGAGGUUCGCGAGCCCGGCCGACUUCCCCAAGGUCAGGGCCGAGGAGCGGGAGUUCGUCUUCCCGGAGAGCCAGCCCGUGGGCACCGUGCUCACGGCGGUCAGCGGCUCCUCCCCCAGGGGGGGGCCCCUGUCCUACUACAUCGCCAGCGGGAACCUCGGCGGCACCUUCCAGAUCGACCCGCUGACAGGGCGGGUGUCCGUCAGCCAGGCUCUGGAUUUCGAAAAGGUCCAGAAGUACGUGGUCUGGAUCGAGGCCAGAGACGGGGGCUUCCCGCCUUUCUCCUCCUACGAGAAGCUGGACGUGACCGUGCUGGACGCCAACGACAACGCCCCCAGCUUCAGGGAGGACCCGUUUGUGUCUGAAAUCCUGGAAAAUCUCUCGCCUCGAAAAAUACUGACUGUUUCGGCGCUGGACGAGGACAGCGGGCUCAACGGUCAGCUGGAUUACGAGAUUGUCAGCGGCAACCAGGAGCGCAGCUUCGGCAUCGACCCCGCGACCGGGGAGCUCCGCAGCACGCGGCCCCUGGACAGGGAGAGGACGGCCCGGUACGUGCUCCUCGUCAGGGCCUCGGACCAGGGCGUGCCCGCCCUGAGCGCCUCGGCCAGCGUGCUCAUCCACGUGCUGGACGAGAACGACAACGCCCCCCGCUUCUCGCAGAUCUUCAGCGCCCACGUGCCCGAGAACUGCCCGCUUGGGCACACGGUGACGCGCGUCACCACCUCCGACGAGGACGCGGGCGCCAACGCCGUCAGCCGGUACUCCCUGGUGGACGCCAGCCUCCCGUUCUCCAUCCACCCCAGCACCGGGGACAUCGUGGUCAGCAGGCCUCUGGACAGGGAGCACACGGAGCGCUACCGGGUCCGCGUGUCCGCGCAUGACUCGGGCUGGACGGUGAGCACGGACGUCACCAUCUUCGUGGUGGACGCCAACGACAACGCCCCCCGCUUCAGCCAGCCGUCCUACCACCUCGACUGCCCCGAGCUCGCCGCGCCGGGCGCCCUGGUGACCCGGGUGUCGGCCACCGACCCGGACGAGGGGGCCAACGGGCAGGUCUUCUACUUCAUCAAGUCGCCGUCGGAGUUCUUCCGCAUCAACGCCACCACCGGGGAGGUCUUCAACAAGCAGCCCCUGCGGUACCAGGACGUGCGCGGCACCAGCAACGCCAACGUCAACCGGCACAGCUUCGUGGUGACGGCGUCCGACCGUGGCGCCCCCGCCCUGCUCAGCGAGACCACGGUCACUGUCACCACCGUGGACGGCAACGACCACGCCCCCCGCUUCCUGCGUGCCAGGUACUUCACCCCGGUGGCCAGGACCGUCCCGGUCGGCACCAGGCUGAUCCAGGUGGCCGCGGUGGAUGACGGCGACUUCGGCCUCAACUCCGAGGUGGAGUACGUUGCGGCCGACGAGAGCCUCCGGGGGAGGUUCCGGCUGGACCGGAGCUCGGGCUGGAUCUCAGUUGCCGCCUCCCUGGCCUCCGACCUGAACCAGGACUUCCUGAUCCCCGUCACGGCCAAGGACAAGGGGACGCCUCCGCUGUCCUCCCAGGCCACGGUCCACGUCACCGUCACUGAGGAGAACCAGCACACCCCCGAGUUCUCGCAGAGCCACGUGAGCGCUGCCGUCCCCGAGAGCCACAGCGUGGGGGCCACCAUCCGGGCGGUGUCCGCGCGUGACCCGGACACGGCCACCAACGGCCUGAUCCGCUACGCCAUCGCCUCGGGCAACGAGCGUGGCCUCUUUGCCAUCAACGCCUCCACGGGGCUGCUGACGCUGGCUGGGGCGCUGGAUUACGAGCGGUGCCAGCGGCACGAGCUGACCAUCAGCGCCACCGACGGUGGCUGGGUGGCCCGGACGGGCUUCUGCACAGUGACCGUGGACGUGCUGGACGUCAACGACAACUCGCCGGUGUUCCCGGCUGCAGAGUACACCCCGACUGUGCUGGAGAACGCCCCCAGCGGGACCACGGUCGUCCACCUCCGCGCCACGGACGCUGACUCGGGCCCCCACGCUGUGAUCGCCUACGCCCUGCACGCGUCCGACAGCGACCUCUUCGUCAUCAACCCCAACACGGGGGUGCUGACCACACAGGGCUUCCUGGACUUCGAGACCAGGCAGACCUACCACCUGACCGUGAAGGCCUUCAACGUCCCGGAUGAGGACCGCUGCAGCUUUGCCCGUGUGCUGGUGCAGCUGCGGGGGGCCAACGAGUACGUGCCCCGCUUCGUGACCAGGCUGUACCACUUUGAGGUCUCGGAAGCCGCCCCCCAGGGCACCGUGGUGGGUGAGGUCUUUGCCAGCGACCGCGACCUGGGCGCCGACGGCGAGGUCCACUACCUGCUAUUCGGGGCCAGCAGGAAGAAGGGCUUUCAGGUCAGCAAGAUGACGGGGCAGGUCUCCGUGUCGGGGCCCCUGGACAGAGAGCGGGAGGAGAGGGUGUCCCUGAGGGUCCUGGCCAAGAACCUGGGGAGCAUCCGGGGCGCCGACGUGGAUGAGGCCACAGUCAAUAUCACCGUGCUGGACGCCAACGACCCGCCCACCUUCAGCCUGAGUGUCUACAGGGUGCAGGUCAGUGAGGCCGUGCCCCUGGGCACCCAUGUGGCCUUCGUCAGCGCCUCCGACGCGGACUCCGUCCCCAGCUGGAGCAGCUUUUCCUACUCGAUCGGGUCGGGGGACGAGAAGGGCGCCUUUUCUGUCCACCCGCAGACGGGCCAGGUCACGGUGGCUGCGGAGCUGGACCGCGAGACCCUGCCUGUGUACAACCUCACAGUGCAGGCUGUGGACUCGGGUGUGCCCCCCGCCACGGGCCGUGCCAGCUUGCUAGUCACCCUGGAGGACGUCAACGACAACGGGCCGGUGCUGGCUGUCACCGAGGGGACGGUCAUGGAGAACCAGGCCCCUGGUGCCCUGGUGAUGACCCUGCAGUGCAGCGACCCCGACCUGCCCCCCAACCAGGGCCCCUUCACCUUCCAGCUGCUGGGCCCAGGCCCAGCCAGCAGCUAUUUCAGCCUGAGCGCGGCGGGUGUCCUGCGCACCACGCGGGAGAUCGACCGGGAGCAGGUGGCGGACUUCUGGCUGGUGGUGGCUGCACGGGAUGCAGGCGUGCCCCAGAUGACCUCCACGGGCACCGUGCACGUGGCCGUCGGGGACGAGAACGACAACCCAUCCCGGCCGCGGGCCGUGGAGAUCUUCGUCAGCUUCUACGGCACCUUUCCCGGGGGUGUGCUGGGCUCGGUGCAGCCGCUGGACCCCGAUGUGCUGGACGUCUUCCAGUGCACGCUGACCGCGGGUGCCACCAGCCUCUUUAGCAUCCCCAGGGGCACCUGUGACCUGAGUGCGCAGCCACGGGCCUCGGACGGCACCUUCGACCUGACGGUGCGGAGCAGCGAUGGCGUCCACGGGCCGGUCAGCAGCAGCGUGAGGGUGUUCUUCACGGGCUUCUCCAACGCCACCCUGGACAACAGCGUGCUGCUGCGCCUGGGUGUCCCCACGGUUGCCGGCUUCCUGGACAGCCACUACCUGCGCUUCCUGCGUGUGGCGGGCGCGCAGCUGGCCGGUCUGGGCACCGCCGUGCAGCUCUACGGCGCCUACGAGGACGACAACCGGACCUUUGUGCUGGCUGCAGUCCGGCGUGGCCCUGGCCAGUAUGUGCGCCCCAGUGGCGCAGCCGCCUUCUUCGAGAGCGCCCGGGACGCGCUGCUACGGCAGAGUGGAGUGCGGCUGGAGGCCGCCGACCACGACGCCUGCGCCCGGGGGCCCUGCCUGCACGGCGGCCGCUGCGAGCCCAGGCUGGCCGUCGGCCCCGUGCUCCGCAGCCUGCCCAGCCCGCCCGUCAUCCUCGUGGCCAACGCGCCGCUGCCGCCCUUCCUGUGCCACUGCGCGCCGGGCUAUGCGGGCGACCGCUGCCAGACGGACGUGGACGAGUGCCUGCCCGCACCCUGCCACCACGGCGGCACCUGCCACAACCUGGUGGGCCGCUUCUCCUGCAGCUGCCCCGAGGGCUUCGCUGGCCAGGCCUGCGAGCGCGACGUGGACGAGUGUCUGCCCGCGCCCUGCCGCCAUGGCGGCACCUGCCACAACUUCCCAGGCGGCUUCAGCUGUGCCUGCAGAGCCGGGUACACAGGGAAGACGUGCGAGUCUCCGGUGAAUCACUGCGAGUGUAACCCCUGCUUCCACGGGGGCUCCUGCCACAGCGGCCUGGACUCCUACUCCUGCCUCUGCCCCUUCGGCGUGUUCGGCAAGCACUGCGAGCUGCACAGCUACGGGUUCGAGGAGCUGUCGUUCAUGGAGUUCCCCAGCCUGGACCCCAACAACAACUACAUCUACGUCAAGUUCGCCACGGUCCAGAGCCACGCGCUGCUGCUGUACAGCCACGACAACCAGACCGGCGAGCGGGCCGAGUUCCUGGCCCUGGAGGUGGCCGAGGAGCGGCUGCGCUUCUCCUACAACCUGGGCGGCGGCACCUACAGGCUCACCACGGCCAAGAAGGUGUCGGACGGGCAGUUCCACACGGCGGUGGCCCGCAGGGCCGGCGCGGCCGCCUCCCUCACUGUGGACGCCUGCUCCGAGGCCCAGGAGCCCGGCUUCUGCACGGUGAGCAACGCGGCACUCUCGGAUGACUGGACACUGGACGUGCAGCACCGGGUCUCCGUGGGCGGCGUCCGGUCGCUGGAGCCCAUCCUGCAGCGGACGGGCCAGGUGGAGAGCCACGACUUCGUGGGCUGCGUCAUGGAGCUGGCGGUCAACGGGCGGCCGCUGGAGCCCAGCCGGGCGCUGGCAUCCCAGGGCAUCCUGGACCAGUGCCCCCGCCGGGAAGGCGCCUGCUCGCCCAGCCCCUGCCAGCACGGGGGCUCCUGCUCUGACCGCUGGUCUUGGCAGCUGUGCCGCUGCCGAGAGGGGCUGACCGGGAAGCACUGCGAGAAAGCGGUCACCCCCGACACGGCCUUGUCCCUGGAGGGCCGGGGGCGCCUGGACUACCUCAUGAGUCAGAGCGAGAAGCGGGACUACCUUCUGCGGCAGAGCCUGCGAGGGGGAGCCCCGCCAGAGCCCUUCGGGGUGAGCAGCCUGGAGGUGAAGUUCAGGACGAGGAGCGAGCAGGGCGUCCUGCUGCACGUCCAGGAGCACAGCAACUACACCACCGUCAAGAUUAAGAACGGCAAAGUGCAUUUCUCAUCGGAUGCAGGCGUUGCAGGGAAGGUGGAGAGGACCAUUUCCGAGGUGUAUGCGGCCGACGGCCACUGGCACACGUUUCUGCUGGCGAAGAACGGCUCGGCCACGGUGCUGUCCCUGGAUGGGGUGCACAGCAGAGAGGUCACCCACCCCACACAGGACUUCGGGGGGCUCAACGUGCUCACCAUAUCCCUGGGGGGCAUCCCGCCCAGCCAGGCCCAUCGCAGCAGUGAAGCAGGCUUCCAGGGCUGCAUCGCCUCGCUGCGCUACGGAGCGGAGAGCCUGCCCUUCAGUGGGAAGCACACCCGCGCCUCCAUCUCUAGGACUGACCCCUCCGUGAGGGUUGGCUGCCGCGGCCCCAACGUCUGUGCCAGCAACCCCUGCUGGGGCGACCUGCUGUGUGUGGACCAGUGGCACGCCUACCAGUGCGUGGUGCCCGGCGACUGCGCCUCGCAGCCCUGCCUCAACGGUGGCCACUGCGAGCCCGGCCUGCUGGCCGGCUUCACCUGCACCUGCCCGGAGUCGCACACCGGCCGGGCCUGCGAGACGGUGGUGGCCUGCCUGGGGUCGUCUGCCCCCACGGGCGCGUGUGCCAGGGCCGGGGCCGGGGGCCACAUCUGCGUGCUCAGCCCCGGCCCCGAGGAGCUCUCGCUGCCCCUGUGGGCCGUCCCCGCCAUCGUGGGCAGCUGCGCCACGCUGCUGGCCCUGCUGGUCCUCAGCCUGAUCCUGUGCCACCAGUGCCGGGGCCGGCAGCCCGGGGCGCCAAGCGGGGAGAAGCCCUGCAAGGAGAAGAAGAGGAAGAAGAAGGGCAGCGAGAACGUGGCCUUCGACGACCCCGACCACAUGCCCCCCUACGGGGACGACAUGACGGUGCGGAAGCAGCCCGAGGGGAACCCCAAGCCCGACAUCAUCGAGCGCGAGAACCCCUACCUGAUCUACGAGGAGACGGAGCUGGCGCACGGCGCGGAGACGGUGCGCGCGCCGCUGGCCUCGCCCGAGCAGGAGCUGGAGCACUACGACAUCGACAACGCCAGCAGCAUCGCGCCCUCGGACGCCGACUUCGCGCAGCACUACCGCCAGUUCCGCAGCCACGCGCCCAAGUUCUCGCUGCAGCGCCACAGCCCGCUGGGCUUCGCGCGCCAGUCGCCGCUGCCCCUGGCGCGGCGGGCCUCGGCUACCCCGCGGCCUACGGCUCGGGCCUGCGCGGCGGCCCCACGCCCCCGCCGCUGCGCGCGCCACAGCCCCGCGCCCUUCGCCAAGCCCGCGGCCUUCUACCGGCACAGCCCGGCGCGCGAGCUGCAGCUGCGCUGCGGCGCGGAGGGGCCGCCGCGACCCGCCGCGCUGCCCCGCUACGCCGCGCGCCUGGGGCGCCGCAGCCGGAGGCCCCGGGCCGCGCCCGCCGGCUCGCGCCCCGGGAGCCGCCUCCGGCAGCCGGCGGGGCCGCUGCCCGAGGCCGCGCCGCCCGUGGGGCUGAGGACUGCUCGAGAGGUGGAGCGGCUCAGCGCGCGCGCGCCGCGCCACCCCAGCGUGGGCAGCGCCGACCACGGCCGCUCGUCGGGAGGAGGACGGCCGCCGCCGUCCCGCGCGCGCAACACCGGCGACGGGCUGCCCGCGCCCGAGUCCUCGUCCGACAGCGACUCGCGCGUCUUCACCUGCUCCGAGAUGGAGUUCGAGCGCGAGCGCCCCGCGGGCCCCGCCUCGCGCACGCCCAAGCUCUCGCGGUCGCCGAGUCGGACGGGGACGACGAGGACCCGGGGGCGCGCGGCCCCGGCCCGGCGCCCCCGGCCGGCGCCCCGAGGGCGCCCACGCGCGGGGGACGCGGCGGGGGGGCGCGCGGCCGGCCGCGGCGCGCGGGGGCCGCCGCCGGCCGCCGGCGCCUUCGACUGGGACAGCCUGCUGAGCUGGCAGGGCCCCGGCUUCGGCCACUACGUGGACGUGUUCCCGGACCUGGCUCGCUGCCCGAGCGCGGCGGCGCGCCGGCGGCGACGGACGGGGCGCAGGGCAGGCCGCCGCCGCCGCCGGGCCCCCGGCGCGGACGCCGAGCGCUACGUGUGA